AUGAGAUCUAAAUCAGACGUAAAAGAGGAUCUUGAGAUCCUCGAUUGGUUAACACCAGCAAAUUACGGUCCUCAGCACAGCGACACCUUUCAGAGGCGACAACCAGGAAAGGGCCUGUGGCUCUUAAAUUCGUCCAAGUACGGGGCCUGGCUGGAAUUAGUCAAAAUGACAUUAUUCUAUCCAGGUAUUCCUGGGGCCAGAAAAACGAUCCUGACUGCAACAGUUGUUGGCGAUCUCAUUACACGAUUCCAACACAACAAAUCCGUUGGAAUUGCGUACAUCCACUGCAACUUUCAUCGGCAAAAUGAGCAGAGGAUUGAAGACUUACUCGCAAGUAUACUAAAGCAGCUUAGCCAAGAGCAAGCCUCGCUUCCUGACAGCGUGAGGAACCUUCAUAACCGGCACAAAAUCAAAUGGACACAACCAUCCUUGGACGACAUCUUGAAGACUAUUCAGUCGGGAAUUGCUCUGUAUUCGAAAGUCUUGAUUAUAAUUGACGCUUUUCGGACAAUAUUCCUAACCGGGACCUUCAACCUUCAAGCAAUAUGUAGAGUAAAUAUCUUUGCUACUUCGAGGCCCAUUCCACUGAUCAGUGAGAGAUUUGACCACAGCAUGACCUUGGAGAUCCGUGCCCAUGACCAAGAUGUGCGAAAUUAUUCAAAUAUGCGGAUAUUACAUUCAGAGUCAAUAUUGUUGGUCUUACUCAUUGAAGAGAUUCAAAAUGAUAUAACAGACGUUGUUGAUGGGAUGCAAGUGGUAUCCACUUUGACAGUAGGACGCGGAAACCAACCAUACACUGGAUUUCUCCUAGCACAGUUGUACUUCAACAUGAUAAAGAGGAAGAAAAUCAUUAGAGCGAUCAGAAAUUCGACGAAAACCCUUCCAAAAGGGAGUGAAGCAUAUGUCUUUGCAUACAAAGGUGCUAUGAAAACUUGCCAAUGGCGCCCUUUCAUGGAUCAGCUGUGCGACGAAACCACUGAAUACGAUAGAGCUUCAGUAUGCACUUGCCGUGGAGGCUGGAUCAGAAUUAGACCGGGAUAA